CUCACCUCUCUUAAACAAAAACAUUAGUCUUUUAAUGAAUCAGAAUGACGAGUUUAAUGAUUUUGCGACGAUACCUCUAUUAUGCUUUCUAUACUAGAGAAUCCGCUGCUGUCCAAUUCCUCGUCCUCUCUCUCUAUGGAGUAUCGGCCGCAGGAGUUCCCGCUGCAAGAAUUCCGGCUGCAGGAGUUCUGGCAAAUCAGCAAUCAAUUCGUUCAGUCAUCCUCUUUCAGUUCCUCGUAGGUGGAGUCAGGACCCCAACACAGCAGCAAUCCCGAUGGCAGUGCUCUGCCGUAGCCACUAGCGAAUGGCCUGAGUAUGGAGAGGUAGAGCCAUACUCUCAUAUUCAAAAUGGUAAUGAAAACAAUGAAGCUCACGAGAAUUCAAUUGAUGAUCCUAACAUUGACAAUGGUAUGGAAUAUGGAUGAUGCUGGACUUCAGAUUUUUGUGAGACUUAUAUCAAUGAUGAUGAUGAUGUUUUUGCUGAAUUUGGUAUUUUAGAAUAAUUUUGUAGUUAGUGGAAGACUUUAUACUUUAUGGUAUGGAUGAUGCUGGACUAUUUUUCACUUCGAACAUUUGCUCGAUUAAGACUUUAUUUUUUUAGCAUGAAAAUUGUAUGAACGUGCUUAAGUUUUUCAAUUUAAAGCAAGAUUGUUGUUUUUAUUCACUUUAUUAUUUUCUUUUUGUGAAUAAAUAUGUGCAUAUUAU